AUGGAUAUUUGUGCACAGGGUCAACAAAAUCUGGAAGGAACGGUAAAUACCGAAGAAGAAGAAAAAAUCAAAGCUGGGCAGCAAACACAUUGUUUGUGUGGAAGUAGUGAUGAGUCGUCAUUCAUGAUAUGCUGUGAUCAUUGCGGUGUCUGGUACCACGGAGCUUGUUUGCAAGUUACUCGAACCCAAGCAAAUCGUAUCGAAACGUAUGCGUGCCCUCCUUGUAUUAGCAAAGACAGCAGUUUAAAAAUCAUGUACCGCGUUGCAAAGAGGGAACGAGAAAAGAGCAUUCAUUGUGAGAAGCAAUACAAAUCAAAGGGAUCUAGAAACAAUAUUAAAAUUCAAAGCAGAUUGAGACGUUCUUCAAAAGAUGACCAUGAAGAAAAGCGUGGUGAAGGUUGCAACAACUGCAUUAACUGCUUUCGAUCGACAGAUUGUAGUAAAUGUGCAAACUGUAUUACUUCUGUAGAACCAUGCUUAAAGCGCAUUUGUUUGCAGUCAGAAUGGUGGAAUAAAUACAAGAAAAAACAGCAACAGUUUAAAGUUUCUGGCAGAGAAACAAUUCAUUCCAACAUGCACUCAUUCCUAGCCAAAGGCAAGAAAGAACGAAUGAAGUAUCCUUACACAACAGAUGAUGACGAUGAUGAUAACAUGGGAACUUUUAAACGAGAAGCUGGUUCGACACGUUUUGGCUCGGCCGCAAGUGUUGCCAAAAAAGCUCAAAGAAAAGUAACAAAAAAAAAGAAAACCGCAGCAUAUCAGAAGCGUCAAACAAAUGCAGCAGGGGGAAGAACAAAGAAGUUAAAAACCAGCGAUUUUUCAUUUACAACAGAGCAGCGCCAAAAAAUUGCAUCGGCCAUUUAUAAUCGCCGCUCACAUCGCCAUAAUCCGAAUAAGGAAAAAUUAAAGCAUUGUGAGGGACCCAACUGCACGAAUUCCACACGUGCACAGUCGAAAUUCUGUUGCGAAGAAUGCGGAAUGAAUUUGGCACGUGAUCGUUUACGUGUCAUCUUGCCGAACCGUGUUCAUUCAUUUUGGGAUAAUAUGUCAUAUUCUAUGGAACAUUCACAGCAUUUACGAGAUACAGCGGAAGAGCAGAUUCAAUUUUUCACGAAUAAAGUGCGCAUAUUCGCAGAUUUUCAGGACGAAUUGCAAAAAUGGAUUUCGGUUACUGAAAAGAUCGAAUCUGUGAGCGAAAUAACUGUCAAUAAUUCACCGGACAUGGAUUUCGUGCUACAUUGUUCUGUAUGCGCUUUGGAAUUUCCAGCCAAACUCAUUGUAAAACAUAUGGAGCGUUGCUUCGUGCGUAAUGAAAAACAGAGUUGCUAUGGCACUCCGAAUAAAUCGCAAGUCAAUCCGUAUAAUAUUUUCUGCGAGCAAUUUAACAAGGCCAAUAAUACGUUUUGCAAACGUCUUCGUGUGUUGUGUAGUGAACAUUACAAGUCUACAGAGAAUGCUACAAAGGUGUGUGGUUAUCCUUUUGCAUGGAACAAAAACAAAUUUCGACCUGUUAUCAAAACGUUUGACGACAUGCAAGCCCUCCUUCAAGAAGGCUUUUGUCAUUGCCCACGGAAAAACUGUCUUCAGCACCAUAAUUGGGUUCAGAAUGCAAUGGGUUUGAUCGACGUGGAACUCCUUAAUCUUUUAAUCAAAUUAGACGAGUGGUUCGAGAAAAAAAGAACACUUCAAGUCUCAGAAACCAUGCGUGGUGAUGUGCUUUCACUUUUUUGCGAUAAAACAGUUCGCUCUAACACAUCAGUGGAUAAAGAUAAUUCCAUCCUGGUCUGCACUUCCAGUGAUUCCGGUCUGGCUGAUGAUAUGCAAUACCAGAAUGCAGAGCAGUUUAUGAAUGCAACUAUGGCAAAAAUAAAGGGCGCAGAUUACACUGAUUGCAGUGAUGUUUGUGACGGUAUUAUGCAAGUACACUUUAAAAACAUUACAGGUAAAUAG